AUGUGUGAGUGUGAACUCAGGAUGAAGAUCCUCCUCAUCUUCACCCUAUGCCUGAUCUCAGAUCUGUCCUAUCAGAAGUCCAUCAGUGAGACUGUCCAUGUAGGAGGAGAUUUGAACUUCAGCUGUAAAUACCCAGAAUCCCUCAGGAGUAAUCCCAAGUUUCUCUGCAAUACAAGGCUACAAGCGUCAGUUUGUUUUUAUAAAAAAUCUCUUAACGAAAGUGAAAAGCAUGUAAAUGUGGGGAAAUUCUCCCUGUAUGAUGACAGAGAAAGACAAACCUUGAGUGUGAGUAUUAAAAAUGUAACUGAGCGAGACUCUGGUAAAUACUGGUGUGGAGCUGAAGCAGCCUGGGAAUCUGAUGAUGGAUACGAGGUUUAUUUCACACAGAUCAACCUGACAGUUACUGAUCCACAUGUCCCUGUUUCAACCUGGAAAUCAACACAGCCUUCAUCAUCAUCAUCAUCAUCAUCAUCACCAUUUGGGCUCCUAUCAGCUUCUCCUCCAGCAGGAUUUCGAGCUUCCACUGUGAUCCCUGUGUCUGUAACGCUGGCGUUGCUUCUGAUUGGAGUCAUAUUCCUCAUUGUGGUUUUACAGAAGCGACGCAGGAUGCAAGGAGAAAUUUAUUUUAUUGGUAGUUCUGACCAAGACGGAGGAAAUAACCGAGAGUGGGUUAAAUACACCAGAAGCUCUUCUGCCUCAGACGAGGGAACUUCCGCAGAUUACUGCAACAUGCGACCCACAAUACCCUCUGAUCCUUCUCAAAGCAUUUACGCCAACGUAAUGUAGUUGAAUUACGCAGCAAUAUGUUUUUUAUGUCAAUGCCAGCACACUCUAACGGUGCAGUUGCAAAGAUUAUCUUUUAAGAAAAAAACUAUCAUGUGUGUAUGUGAUACAGGAAAUUAUUUUAAUUUAUGUGAUUUAUUUAUAAUAACCAGGUUUUACAUUCAUUCUCUCCAUCCACACAUCCCCAUCUGUGUUUUUCCUCUUUAUUAACCGCAUCCCGGUCAGCUUUGCAGUGCGUUGUUUUUAAAUAUGAUUAAUGAUUUUGGCUCUAUUAAUCUUUGUAUUUUCAUCCUUUUUAAAUAUCUAUAUGUAUAUAUUGUAUGUAUGAAGUGUGUUAUAGUAUGUGUGGACUACGGUAUGUAAACCAUUGCAAAAAAUUGGAACAUGUUUUUUGUCUUUGGUAUGUAUGAAAAUGAGUGUAAGAUUACACUUUUAAAUAGUUUCUUUACGGAGAAAUAUUGCUAAAAGAAAGAGAGAAGUGAAGACAUUUCAUUUAUAUUAACAGCAAACUCUCAAAAUUAACUUGAAACACCUACUUCACUUUUCACUUCACUUUUUUUGUUUACUUUCUCUUAUAGUGACCACACUCAUUAUUAAUGAUCUAUGUUUUAUAUCAGGCAUCCAAAUAAACAGAAAGUUUUAAUUUUGUGAAAGUUAUAAAGCAAAAAUUUGUCUAAUAAGUAAUAGUCAAUAUGCCCAGUGGUGGUGUUCGUAUUAGUUUUUUGGCUGCUCUUGUCGAGGGGUCGCCACAGCAGUCUAUCUGAUCUGCACACAACUUGGUACAGGUUUUCCACUGAAUGCUCUUACUGACACAACCCUUCCAUUUUAUCAGGGCUAGUGGACUGGCACUAUAUUCAGUGACUGGGUUUUGGCCAUUGAAUGGAAAUUGAACCCAGCCCUUCUGCAUGGCAGAACUAAAUGAGAAAAUGACACAAGGCACGACAUGAUAACACAAUGACACUUUGACUAUUUUUUACUGAAAUAUUCCUACUUUGUACUGAAGACUGUGUCCACAAUUAUUAUUACUUUUUCUAGGUAUCUGGAAUGAUACUGCCAUCUAGAGGGGGCUUUGGUAACAGCUCAACAGGUUUAAACAUACACUAGUCUUUAGUGAUGCAGGUUGGGAGUCUUAGACAUCCGGCUGUCGA